CGCCACGGUAUGGCCGACCCAGGACUGUAACCGGUGGCCCUGCUUCAGUUUGGCUCAGGCGAGGGAGCUCAUAGCAUAUACUUUAUAUGUGUUCCCCGGGCACCCGAACCAAGGAACCCGAUUCCCUCCGUCAUCGACGAAACAACCCCGUUACGUUAAACGAGAAAUCGACCACCAGCACCGCUCGAGGAUACCGAACAGUGAAAAUCGUCUGGACAGUAUCGUCGAUCGCCUUAAAUCGCACUUACGAUCGAUUGGGAGGAUCGUUGAAAAACAAAAAAAAAAAAAAAAAAUACACGCGGAGCUGAAUCGCGGAUUUUUUUUGUCGCGGGAGUGACCGGAUGGAUGUGCGACAGAUCGUUGUAUCCGAUAACCAGUGAACUAAUUGAUUGUGCGAUUAUAAAAGUUAUUGUUUGACAGUUGUAAAGUUGUAUACGUGUUGCGUGAAGGGUAACGAAAAAGUGGAUAGAAGGACAUCGUUUCAGCCGGUGUGGGUAAUUGUCGGGGAUGUGUGAUCGAUCGUCGCUCAUCAGCUAACGAUUUUUCGCGGCGAUUAAUUGAAAACGAAAAAAAAGGAGAAAAAAAAAAAGAAAAAGAAACGCGAGGAGACAUUUUCCUCGAGAUACAUCGCCGCAGUACAAUUACGCCGUGGAGUGCAAUUAUAUAGUGAUUACCUUAUACCUUUGACGAUCGUCUAACGUAAACGAGCAAGUGAGGGGCAUGGGUGCGAUCCACACGCAUCAUAACCAUACCGCUUUACGGAUGCAUUUGUCUCGCGAUACGCGAGCCUGAUAUAAAAGUGAAGAAAAUUUAGCAACAGCGGUCGAGUAUACGCGUAUAACACGUACGGAGCAUCGAGAGCAGCGCUUAUAUAAAAAAUUUAAUUAUGAAAAAAUGAAAGCGGAAAUGGUAGUGCGGCGGGCGGUGCGGUACGGUAAUUAUGUUAAGUGGCCAAUUAGCAAUUAGCGGAGGAGCGAAGCGCGGGCAUCUUAAUUGCACUUGAGCCGGAGCUUACCUGCAACGAGGAAGUGCCUUAAGCAAACUUGAGGUAAACCACGCGAGCGUAGGACGCGAUCUUGCGCCGAUUUUGCGAGGGUUCGAAAUCACACACACACAGAGAGAGAGAGAGAGAGAGAGCGAAGUGAACAAUCGGCGCGGGGUGAUCGAUAUCGAUACCGGCGAGCGGACCAAAAUCGGCAAAAUUCUGUCGCCUCUGAGGUACCGGCGAUCCUCGAGUCCUGGGGUGGCGCAGGGAGUCGCACCUUCGGGCGUGCGGAGAGCAGGAAAAGUGGAAUCUGAUACCGUGAUGACGGUCCAUCACCAUCACAAUCACCACGUGCCCACCCUGGGUGGCAUCAGCAUCGGCGGUAGCGCGGGUUUGAAUCUCACCGGGAUAUCGGGACUGGACUCGGCUAGACGGUUGCAGGACAAUUUGCAGCAGGAGAGAAACGGCCUGGUCGAACGUCUCGUGGGCGGCAACGGCGCCGGUCAUCUGGACAGAGGCGGCAGCGUCGACAGGAACGGCGUCGAGAGGAACAAUCACCUGGUGGACAGAUCAAUGGGCGAUGCCUCGACCACCAUGCCGCAGAGGUCAAGGUUCAUGAUCACGGACAUCCUCGCCGGAGCUUCCAGUCCGUCGAGUCCCUCGAGCCUCCUGCAGGGGCAGGGACCACCCGGCAGUCCCCCGUCGACGCCCAGAGACCUCAGCGUCAGGCACCAGUCCAGAUCUUCCCUAAACAACAGCACCCUCGACGAGGACAGCGACGAGAGUCACCACGACGCCGCAUCCGUAUCGUCGAACGGUGGCAAGGAGGACGACCCCAAGGGAUCGUCGUCGAGUUCAUCGAGUUCGGCGCUGAGUAAAAAGCAGAGGAAAGCCCGAACGGCGUUCACGGAUCACCAGCUCCAAACCCUCGAGAAAAGCUUCGAACGUCAGAAAUAUCUGAGCGUACAGGACAGGAUGGAACUCGCUGCCAAGCUGUCGUUGACGGACACGCAAGUCAAAACGUGGUACCAAAACAGAAGAACGAAGUGGAAGCGUCAAACGGCCGUUGGUCUGGAGCUCCUGGCGGAAGCUGGUAAUUACGCGGCGUUUCAGCGACUGUACGCCGGUGGCGUCGGGGUCCCCGGGCACCCGGCGGCGGCGGGACCUUACUGGCCCUAUCCGGGGGGCCCGCCCCCGCCCCCCAGUGACAUCUACUACCGGCAGGCCGCGGCGGCCGUCACCCUGCAGAAGCCUCUGCCCUACCGACUCUACCCCCCCGCGGCGGCGAUGAUGCUCGCCGGACCCAGCGCGCCCCUGGGUACCCUCGCCGCGAGUUCCAGCCUCUCCAGUCUAAGCAGCUACUACAGAGCGAGUCCCGAGACGGUCGAGGCGAGGGAGAGGGAGAGGGAGAGGGAAAGGGAGAGGGAGAGGGAAAAUCACGACAGGGCGAGUCUGGGGAGGGCGUCGCGCAGUCCCGAGAGGAGCACGCCACCCCCAAGAGAGGACACGCCGCAGAGCGUGAGGGCGGACAGCGACGACGAGAGCAUACACGACGUCUAGGAGCGGGAGGGAGAGAGGCUCGCAUUUUUCCCGACCGGAUAUCGGGGGGAUAUUCUGAUACGGAUACGUCCGUACGAGGUUUUGCAGGAGAGUCAUUUCUCUGCGGCGGGGGAACAGCAUCCGAAGCGUUGAAUCGUGCGCGAACGAAUUUCGGUCGGGAAAAACCGCGCGAAUUUCGCUUCUUCUGGGCUAUGUUAUCGAUCGCUGAGCGCGUCGGUUUCGGCAAAAACAGAGCGGCCGUAAGAACGCUAACGUACAAUUAAUAUGACAUUAACCCUCGCGGAUGUACGCGCUGUACACGUGUACACGUGGCGAAAAAAUAUAGAAAAUCGCGUCUCGAACGGGCAAGUGUGUGCGGAAUAUCUAACGAGGUGUUGCACAGAGAACGGAGGAGUCGGAGGUGGAGAAACGGGAUAAAAAAAUUUCUAAAAUUCUCCGCCAAAUCCGACGGAUCGAAGGAAGCAACGAUGAGGAAUAAUCGCAGCGGGCAGCGACAGUGAUAACGAUAUUAUGAAGACGAACUGCAAUAUAAAUAAAUAAACGAAUCGACGAUACAAAGUACAUAUAAACACGAAUAAAUGAUCGCGAUUGAUUCGAGUCCGAAUUACACGGGAUUCAAGGAUGCACGCGAUAUCCGAGCCGUGCGCCCAGGGCUCCGCGGUAGAGUUUCCUUUAUUUAUUAUUUAAUACGUGUAUAAAGAAUGCGAUCAAUAGCUUAAUACUAUCUACGAUAUUACGUAUUAUUUAAUUAAAUAUAACUGAAUAAAUGAGUAAAAUAUUUCACCUAUAUAGCAACGAUGUGCGACGCGUACACGUACGCAAUUACGUACGAUGCGUACGUAUGUAUGCGUUACUCUCGCGCUCAACAAGGUUCGACGAAAUUAUGAUAUCUCAGAAUAAUUGUGCGGUAUGAUGAAAUUAAAUCUGAACGUAACGUUGGUAACUGUUGUAAAUAUAUUACAUAAUAUGCAAACGAUAUAUAUAUAUAUAUAUGAACGAUAGUUAAAAUUAUAUAGAAUUAAUUAACGAUAACGGCUAUACAGUAAUUUUAAACGAUUUAAUAGAACAUUACAAAUAUAUAGUUACGACUUAAGACCAGCCAACGAAAAAUAAUUCAAAAUAUUUUUCAAAUCCCAUAAAUACAUACAUAUAUAUACAUAUAACGAAUAUAUAUGUACAUAUAUUCAACGCAAAUUCUUUCACGUUUUCAAAAUCACCGAGAAAAAGACGAAAAAAAAAAAAAAUAGAAAAUAUAAAACGUACAAAAUUAACUCGGAAAACGGAGGCUAUAAUUGUACUCGAAUAUAUGAUUAUUCGAACGGAUGCGAGGCGUGAGAGGAUUUGAGUAGACCGAAAAAGCAGAAUAAAAAAAAAAAAAAAAAAUGAAAAAAAAAAAUAGAUAAACGAAUAAGAAUAAAAAAUACCAGUAUUAUGAAUGUACGAAAAAGAGAUGAAAAAAAAAUAAUAAUAAUUUAGAAAAGGAUGAAAAAUAAUGAAAAAAAAAAAGAAAUAAAUAAAUAAAUAAAAAUAGGAUACGUGAAAAUGGCAUCGGUUAAGCGAGUGGAGCGGUUAUUAAUAUUCUUCAAGAAAUAUAUAUACCUAUGUACCUAUAAUAAUAUGUAUAUGUAUUAUAUCGAGGAUAUGAAAGUGGAUACGCCAUGCAGUGAAUAUCGUACUUUCAGCCAGAAUAAUAAACUAUGCUUUGUAUCAUACUGUCUGUAUAGCAAAAAUGAUGAUUAUAUGGAAAUAUAUUAUAUUAAAUUUA